UACUUCGGCAUCUGCAUGAAACCCUUUUAUCAGCAGUGUUAUCCUAAAUGUAGUUCGAAAUGGCAGUGUCAGGAACGGAGAAAAGCCACAACGCAUCCGGUUCGUCAUUUGCUGUUUACCUGUGUAAUAUUAACAGGGCAAAUGCAACAUCAUCAUUAGCAGCAGCAGGCAAUAUUCAGGAAGGAACAUCACAAAUUAGUACAGAGGAGGAAGCUUUUGGAUUGAAACUCCUCUCAUCAUCACUUACAUCAGAGCAAGAAUGUCUGCUGCAAUUAUUCCUGAUAAGACGUCUGAAGAAGGGCGCUAUAUACACUGGGACAGGGAAUUUUUCUGGAAUGGAGUUUAGCUUGACAGAGAAACCAAGCUCACCAGCCGUUUGCUACUACAUCCUGUUACCCUGUGGUUCAAGGAAUACUCAGUCAGAGCAAGCUUUAAUUUGUCUGCUUGCAGACACUGACACAAAUCUGGAAGUAUUCAGGCCAGAACUGACUCUAUAUUGUGAAGCAUUAGCACAAAGGAUUCCGCAAAAUGCAACAGAAUUUCCCAAAGGACUGCAUGCAGAAUUAUCAACAUGGCUGGCAGACUGUGUUUAUUAUGUGUGCCGUGUACUUAACACUAUGGGAGAAGAAGUUGCAAUUCUUCUUCAGCUGGCACAGCAGAAUAGAAAAGUAAUGGGGAGUGAUAAUGUAGGUCCAAAAGCAGUAGCUGAUGUUCGAAGAUUCAUCUCUUCUUGUGCUGUUGUUCAAUACUUGGGCUCAAUUAAUAAAGCUGAAUCUACUGACAAUUCACCGGUCUUGUUGAAAACUGGAAGUCCUGGAGGAAAACUGAUUAUUGAUGAAGUUAACUGUAACUCAUACUGCAUGGACUGGGCACAGCGUCUGUUGUCUUUGGGUGAAAACUGUGAACCUUGGAAAAUCAGGAAAGUGCUGGAAGCAUUCAAAUUAAAGACAAUUAAGGACAUGAACACACUGAAAAGAUUCCUGAAACAAUCAGAAACAGAUCACUAUUCAUUAUACAGAGCAUAUACAUUCCUCCUCUCUUCGGGCAACAGUGAUAUUCUACUGAAGCAAGUUAAAAUGGAAGGGUCUUCAGCAGGGGAUGUAAUAGAUGUACUCGAGCAACAUUUGAAUGAAAUGAGGCCAAGGCAUACUCCUAUACAUACUAUUACCUGAAUCUAAUUUACACCAUGCACAAAAUAUUUAGGAAGAUAAGGAUUACCUUAGUUUUACUUUUAACAAAAAAAAAUCAGAUGUCACCAAUACUUUUGUAUUUCUUAAGAACUGCUUAGUAGCAUUAAAGGAUAAAAUGUUAUAUAUUUUGAGGGAGAAACCUUAUAGCUGUGGAAGAAGUCAAGACAUACAUGAUACCAGGUAUGUAACAAAAAUCUGCUGUCAGUUGUAAACCACAUAAACAGCUGACAAUAAUUAAUUAUAGGGAGCUUACAUUACUGAUGACACUUUCCAUAUCCUAUUUGCUCUUAAAGAUGCUGUUAACUAGUGUCAUAAGUAACUAAUAUAAACGCUGUUACUUAGCUGCUAUUAUGUACAGUAACAGCUGUUUCUGUUGUGUAGUAGUAGGAGUAGUCAGUAUAAUGAAACUGUAAAUAAUGUAUAAAGUAAUGUAUAAAUAAUACAGAUAUAAAAUAUAAAUAUAAAAAUAAUGUAUAAAACCAAAUUUAAAAUAUCUAAUGCGAGUUAGAUUUUUUAAAUAAUAUCUUUGGUCGUUGUUGCUGUGUAUUUGCAUGUCCUACUUUGGUAGUUGAUGUUUAAUGCCAAGAUCAUCGUACACCAUCAAGAGGAUGGCAAAGAUACUAUGGAAACAGUAGUAUUAACACCUCAUUCCUGGAGUUUGUUUUAUAACUUUAUCUGCAAUACUGUGGUGAUGUAUUUUUACUUUUCUUUUGGGCAACAUCAUCUCUAGAAUGUUACAAGCUGCUACUACACUCUGAGUAUUUAGGUGUAACAUUGACAAAUGGUCACAGACAUACAAAUGCAUUUAUAUUGAAGUACAUGAGAUGAUUCGUAGGUUACUGCAUCAGCAAAACAGUUUACAACCCUUCUUAUGUAGAUGACAUUACUGCAGUGAAGUCACUGAAGAGAUAUGUUUUAUGUAACACUCACAUUAUUUGACACUUGGUUCUACUAAGAAACUUACCAGUGGAAAGAGAGAGUUGGCCAUUAGUAAAUCAAAACACAGAGAGUAGACAGUGUCUGACAUAAAUUAUCAAAUUGUGUGGUAGACACAUUAUAGGAAAAAGAAGCUGUUGCUGCAGAUGAACGUUCAUAGUAAUUUUAAAAAAUGAAAUAAAAAUGGAUUCACUAGCUACAGCAAAAUUUUAACAGUGAUAAAACUAUUUUAUUUUGGUAGAGGUAUUCAGAAUGGAAGUAAAACAUGUGAGUAUUAGUACCCCCAGAACAAAGCUAUCGAGUAUGAGUCAACAUCAUUACUAGCAACAAAUGCAAAUGAGCAUUGAACUAAACCUGCUAGUUUUAUCACUCAAGUAAUGCAUAAAGUAUUGGUGAAACGAUCAUGAAGUUCAAAAUGUCAGGCUUGUAGAAAACCAAUAUAGAAACUAGAAUAGUCCAGAAAGUUUCUAAUGAAUCAAAUUUUUGGGAAGCUUGGCCAAUAAAUUUUGAAUAAGUUUUUAUAGAUAACAUUUGCCCUUAAAAUCAAGAUCCUUUGCAAAGGCAGUGGCUACUCCAAGUAAUUUUGAAGCAUGUUCUUCCUGUUGUACACCAAAACAGCAUAUUUCACUUAUAAAAUGAUUCAAGAGACAGCAUACUGAAGCUUUAUUCAGAAAAUUUGUGUGUCAGAUUCACUUUUCUGGCAGGACAAGAGGACUAAAAUCAGUAUUUUAAAUGCAGCUUCCUUCAUCAUAAAUGCCAGGGACGGAAUAAUAAACAGCCCUUUGUGUAUCACGUAAGAAACUGAUUUCUUUGUUUUCUUUAAGUAUCAAGAGGUACCUUCCCAGCAUUUUAUAAAAAUCACAGAAAACCUUAAUUAGAAAAAGUGGUACUUGUUAUAAAGAUUAUUUCAAUCUGAUGUAUCAUAAAGAUUAUUUCAGUUUGAUAAGGCUUGUGUGUAGAAACUUGUUUGAAGUCAUUAUAGUAAAAUCAGUCAUUAUAGUAAAUCUGUCUUUCUGACAUGUUCCACACCCAUGAGAAUCAUCUCAGUUUCUGGGUCUAACUGAAUCUAAUCUAAUCUAAUCUAAUCUAAGAAUCUUGAGUGCUGUGAAGCUUUAGGAAUGUUCAUAUACAUGGAAAUGUACAUGGAAAAUUAGGCCAAUUGUGCCAACUGAAGUUAAAGAAAUUGCAUUCCAUUGGUUGAAUGUGCAGUAU